UAACCGACUGUGCCACCCAGGUGCCUCUCUGAUUGCCAUCUUAUAGGUGAAGUGACUUGCCUCAGCACCCCAGGCUGACUCAAGGAUUAGACCAGGAAGAGAGCUGGCCUAGCCAAUCUUGGCUCAGCGUAGAGAAGGAACUCAACUAAUGUUCUUAGAAAUGGAUGGAUAGACACAUGACUGGCUGGCUAGGUAGAUGGGCUGGGGGAGGUGGAUGGAUGGAUGCAUGCAUGCAUGGACAGAUGGUUAGACAGGUUACUCGGACAAUUGCCCAAGCUAGAUUUUGAGUGGAACCCACCACAGCUAGAUCUGUUCAACCUUCCUCCCGUAGAAGGGAAUCUCUCUUCUCAUCUCUCUUGUGAAUCUGGGCCCCAAUUCAGCCUCCAGAGUCCCAUGAAAGGGAAACAAGCUUCUCAAAGUCUCCCUAAGAACCAUCUCUGGGUUUCAGGAGUUUUGCAACAGACCCCAUACCAUCAUCAGCCUCUCGAUCCAGAAACCCAACUGUCAUAAACUUCCUCUUUCUGCCAUGCUCCUCCUCCCCCAUUCCACUGCCCAGGUAUCCCUGGGAUGCAUCUUCUCCUUACCCGCCCUGUUCCACUUGAUUCAGACGUCAUCAUCUCUCCUCUGGACCACCUCCUCAGCCUCUUAGCUGGUCUCUCUGCUUCCAGACUUGCCCGUUUGACAGACAACCCCCCCUUAAAGAGACCAUUCUAAAAUGCAGAACAGGCCCUUCCUGAUCUGAGCAGAGGCUCCACAUUCUCUCAGACGCAUCCUGGAUUUGUGGUCACGCACUGGAGACCUUCCCUGACUCAACACUAUGCAGCCUUUCCAGGUUUCUCUCCUGUUACUUCUUCCAUCACAUGCUCCUUCUCCUCCAAAUGCCCCCAAGACCCACAGACAGACCCACAGACAUCCAGAUGCAUGGCAAGGCUACUCCACGGGGAGUCCUGUCAGGCAAAAAGGAGGGAAAGGGGCUGGAGCUCCUGGGACCCUGGGAAUAAGGUGCCUAAGUGGCAUCAGUGUCUCUGCCUGGGGGCAGAUGAUGUGCCAUGGCUGGGUUUGGGUCUCUUUCAGGCUGAGUUUCAGUGUGGGGAAAGGGAAAGCUUGACCACAGACUCCCCCAGCAGAGCUGACGAUUAGUAAUUAACUGGGAGGAAUCUCAGGGGGGAGGUUAAUUGGGGAACAGAGGGAGGGCAGCUAGGGUUUUGGGACUUUGCCCUUGACCCAAGGGUAUAAAGAGGAGGGUCCCAGCUCUUUCUCAGGCCCCUGGGGCUUCCUUAAGCAGCUGAGCAGGAGUUGAAACACGGAACCCCAAGUGUGUGCCCAAGAUGAUGUCCUAUGGAGAAAGGCUGGGGGGCCCUACUGUCUCCCCACUCCCAGUCCGAGGGGGACACAUGAUGCGUGGGACAGCCUUUGCCUAUGUGCCCAGCCCACAGGUCCUGCAUAGGAUCCCAGGGACCCCCGCCUACGCCUUCCCCAGCCUGGGCGCUGUGGCCCUUACUGAGCACAGCUGCCCCUACGGGGAGGUUCUGGAGCGCCAUGACACCCUGCCUGCCAAGCUGGCCCUGGAGGAGGAGCAGAAGCCAGAGCCUGGGUUGGCCCAGAAGCUGCGCCGGUCUGGCCUGACCCUCCUCAAGGUGCCCCUGAUGCUCGCCUUUCUCUACCUCUUCGUCUGCUCCCUGGAUGUACUCAGCUCCGCCUUCCAGCUGGCUGGAGGGAAGGUGGCUGGUGACAUCUUCAAGGACAAUGCCAUCCUGUCCAACCCAGUCGCGGGGCUGGUGGUGGGGAUCCUGGUGACUGUGCUGGUGCAGAGCUCCAGCACCUCCACGUCCAUCGUUGUCAGCAUGGUCUCCUCUGGCUUGCUGGAGGUGAGCUCUGCCAUCCCCAUCAUCAUGGGCUCCAACAUCGGCACUUCUGUCACCAACACCAUCGUGGCCUUGAUGCAGGCGGGGGACAGGACUGACUUCCGGCGGGCCUUCGCAGGGGCCACGGUGCAUGACUGCUUUAACUGGCUGUCGGUUCUGGUCCUGCUGCCCCUGGAGGCUGCCACUGGAUACCUGCACCAUGUCACUCGACUGGUGGUGGCCUCCUUCAACAUCUGUGGCGGCCGCGACGCCCCUGACCUGCUCAAGAUCAUCACAGAGCCCUUCACCAAGCUCAUCAUCCAGCUGGACAAGUCUGUGAUUACCAGCAUUGCCACCGGCGACGAGUCCCUGAGAAACCACAGUCUCAUCCGGAUCUGGUGCCAUCCAGACCCCACGGAGGCUCCCACCCCCAUGCCCCGGGCAGAAGCCAACAACAGCUGGACGGUUGGAAAUGCCACCAUGGAGAAAUGCAACCACAUCUUCGUGGACACAGGGCUGCCUGACUUGGCCGUGGGGCUCAUUCUGCUGGCCGGCUCCCUGGUGCUCCUAUGCACCUGCCUCAUCCUCCUCGUCAAGAUGCUCAACUCUUUGCUUAAGGGCCAGGUGGCUAAGGUCAUUCAGAAGGUUAUCAACACUGACUUCCCCGCCCCCUUCACCUGGGCCACAGGCUACUUUGCCAUGGUAGUGGGUGCCGGCAUGACCUUCGUUGUCCAGAGCAGCUCUGUGUUCACCUCAGCCAUUACCCCACUCAUUGGCCUGGGUGUGAUCAGCAUCGAGAGGGCCUACCCCCUCACGCUUGGCUCCAACAUUGGCACUACCACCACGGCCAUCCUGGCUGCACUGGCCAGCCCCAAGGAGAAGCUGUCCAGCUCCUUCCAGAUUGCCCUCUGCCACUUCUUCUUCAACAUCUCGGGCAUCCUUCUGUGGUACCCGGUGCCCUGCACGCGCCUGCCCAUCCGCAUGGCCAAGGCGCUGGGCAAGCGCACCGCCAAGUACCGCUGGUUUGCCGUUCUCUACCUCCUCCUGUGCUUCCUGCUGCUGCCCUCGCUAGUGUUUGGCGUCUCCAUGGCAGGCUGGCGGGCCAUGGUGGGUGUGGGCGCACCCUUUGGGGCCCUGCUGGCCUUUGUGGUGCUCGUCAGUGUCCUGCAGAAUCACAGCCCCAGACACCUGCCCAAGUGGCUGCAGACGUGGGACUUCCUGCCCCGCUGGAUGCACUCCCUGCAGCCCCUGGACCACCUCAUCACCCGCGCCACUCUGUGCUGUGCCAGGCCUGAGCCCCGCUCCCCUCCGCUGCCCACCAGGGUGUUCCUGGAGGAGCUGCCCCCCGCCACCCCGUCCCCCCGCCUGGCAGUGCCUGCUCGACACAAUGCCACCCGCCUCUAG